CGUAAUAAGAGGUCUCGUCGUGCGAUCAUUGCGUGCGGUAUCGUUCCUUUUGGAUUCGGCGUUCGCUGGCGUUCGCUGGCGUUCGCUGGCGUUCGCUGGCGUUCGCCGCACAUCUAGGUUCGGCACUUGCCGGCAUUGAGAUAGAGCGGCCGAGAACGGCCGAGCACAGUUCCAGAAGUAGCGUGUGUUUUCAGGGUGAGUGACUAGGAUUUAUGCUUUGAUAAAAUGUUGCAUUGCAUAAGCUAUUCAAGGUGACGCGAGUGCAGCGAGAGCAGAUUAUUCUUACCGGUCUAAUUUGCGAUCCUAUAUGGCGACCAUUACGAAAGGAAGCACGAUUUAUGCGAAACAUAUGAUCGUGCAGAACGUCCACGUCGCGCAACGUUCGGUUUAAGAUCCAUUUCUAUAACACUCGCAAGAUUUGUGCUGGAGACAUCUCUUAAUUGGACAUGAUGACGAAUGAAAGAUUGGACCUAGACAAACCCCUGUGGGAUCAAAACACCUUCGUGGGAAGAUGGAAAUACUUCGCGUGGAUGACCGACUUCCGCACCUGCGUCAAACCAGAAUCAGAGCUGAUAGCUGCUAAAAAGUUGUGCGAACAAUACAGAAUUGGCAAAGAGCCAGCCAAUACUACCACAGAGCAAAUUAUCUAUGCGAAGAAACUGUACGAGUCCGCCUUUCAUCCGGACACCGGCGACCUGCAGAAUGUCUUCGGUAGAAUGUCCUUCCAGGUGCCGGGUGGAAUGGCCAUCACCGGCGCUAUGCUUCAAUUUUACAGGACGACUCAAGCAGUAGUUUUUUGGCAAUGGAUCAACCAGUCCUUUAACGCGCUCGUCAAUUACACCAACAGGAAUGCUAACAGUCCUAUAACGACUAAUCAGCUAGGUGUAGCUUAUGUUAGUGCGACCGUCGCGGCGAUGAUAACUGCGAUAGGAUGUAAAUCGUAUUGGGAGAAGCGUGCUAGUCCUCUAAUGGCUAGGUACGUUCCGUUCGCCGCAGUGGCAGCUGCUAAUUGCGCUAAUAUUCCUCUAAUGAGACAGAACGAAAUUGUAAACGGCGUGGAUCUCAUUGACGAGAACGGCAAAAAACUUACAAAGUCGAAGCUCGCAGCUAUAAAAGGCAUCAGUCAAGUUGUUAUUUCGAGAAUUAUCAUGUGCGCACCCGGCAUGCUUAUCUUACCGCCCAUAAUGGAAAGAUUGGAAAAAUACACGUGGAUGCAAAGAAUUAAACCACUGCAUGCACCGAUACAAAUUAUGAUGUGCGGAAUUUCGCUAACGUUUAUGGUACCGACGGCGUGUGCACUAUUCCCACAAAAUUGCUCCGUUAAGGCAACUACCUUACAACGCUGGGAGCCGGAAAACUAUGAGCUACUAACGAAGAACUGUGAAGGCAGUAAACUACCGACGUAUUUAUAUUUCAACAAGGGAUUAUAAUGUUAUGAAAAGUUCUAGUUUUAUGAAACUGAGAUAAAAUAAGUGUUAUUCCAUCCUUUAUAAAUAUUGUUGUUUUAAAUGGCACAGUGACGAGGUAAACUCUUCUGCUGGAUCAGAGAUGAACCCGAAACUGUAAUAUAACUCAUUUAAUUAUAGUCAAUUAUUAUAGCAGGAAUCUUUUUGUAUUUGCUAUUAAACAUUUACGCACAGUUCUUUCUUAUGAUUUUAAAGUAUUAAAUUUGGAUCGUCACACCGACAUUAAUAAUGGCAUUUAAAUUAGUAUUUAGUCACAAAACGUAAUAUAUCCACGAGAUGAUAAAAUAAAAUUCUAUCAAUGCACUGAAGUAUAUCUUACAAUGAGAGAGAAGUUGAUAACCCGCGAUGCAAUAGAAACAAUAGUAAAGAUAUACUAUAAUAGUAAAAGCUAUGGUACA